AUGGCCAGUGCCACUACCGCCAGUGACGCACCGGUGCUCCGCCGGGUCGACAAGCUCACCGUCACGAUUGUGGUCGACAACUCGAUCGAAUGGAUGGCCAAGCUGCCUCCGGGCUUCAGCGGCGAGAGCCACAGACAUCUUGUGGACCAGACGCCUCCUGUGGAUCCGUUGACUGGUGUGCCGAUCUUGGACUUUGAGAAUUGGUGUUGUGGCGCACACGGAUUCUCCGCUCUCAUCGAAACCGAAGUCGCCACCGCCGAUGACACCAAAUCCGAGCGGCACCUCACGCUCUUCGACACAGGCCCCGACUCGCGCACGAUCGCGCGCAACGCCGACGCGCUCCAGCUCCCGCUCGCGUCCAUCGACCGCGUCGUGCUCUCGCACUGGCACUCGGACCACACCGGCGGCCUGCUCUCCCUCCUCUCCAAGCGUGCGCACGCGUCCGACGUCACUAGCAAUAACACCACCACCGCUCAGACUGGCACCCGCCCCAUCGUCGUCGACGCGCACCCGCACAGGCCGACAGCGCGCGGCAUCGCCCCGGGGCCCGCGUACGACCGCGUCGUCGGCCGGCUGCCCGAGGACCCGCGGUUCGACGCGAUCGAGCGCGCGGGGGCGCAGGUGGAGACGCACGCGGGGGCGCACGCGGUCGCGGGCGGGACGGUGUAUGUGAGCGGGGAGAUUGCGCGCGUGACGGCGUUCGAGGCGGGGUUGCCGGGCGGGAUGCGCUGGGACGAUGUGGGCGCUGUGUGGGUCGCCGAGCCGGACAUCAUGGACGAGCGAUACGCCGCGAUCGACGUCGCAGGCAAAGGCCUCGUCAUCUUCAGCGCCUGCUCGCACGCAGGCAUCGUCAACGUGCUCAAAGACGCCGUGCACAAGCUCGCGCGCCCCAUCUACGCCGUCAUCGGCGGCCUGCACCUCGUCACGCCCGACCUCGCCCCGCGCAUCGCGCCCACGGUCGACUUCCUCUCCAGACAGCUCGUCCCUGCGCCCGCGUACGUGCUGCCGAUGCACUGCACGGGCUUCACGGCGCGCAUCGCGCUCGAGGCUGCGCUCGGCGAGGGGUGUGUUCCCGCGGGCGUCGGCACCAAGUUCGUCCUCGAGGGGGACCGGGACGCGGAGGCGCGGGUGAUGGAGCCUGUCAUCAGAUCGUCUGUUUAG